AUGAUCUUCUUUUUGUUCGUGUCUCUUGCUGGAUUCUCCUCGAUUUAUGCUGAUCGAUGCGCCACCGUUCCUCCAUCGUUAUGGUGCAGCAGUAAAGAACUCGCCAAGGAAUGUGGUUUCGCAAAUCUUUGCAAUCGCUACCAUACGGCCACCUACAAUCAACGCAUCAACAUCACUCUUCUCAUCGAAGCUCUCUGCCCCGACUGUCAACGAUUCAUCGUCGAGGAUCUGUAUCCUAAAAUCUACAAGAAUUUCGCUGGUUUUGUCAACAUUGAAUUUAUCCCAUAUGGGAAUGCGAAAAUUGUGAACGGCUCAAUCGAAUGUCAACAUGGGGCUGAAGAAUGUUCCAUUAAUCGAUUCGAAUCGUGUGUGAUCGACUCAGUGGGAACUCAAGAGCAAUAUGUGCCGUUGAUCUACUGCCUAGAAAACAAUUUGAUGUCAAAGGUUCCUUUCGACAAGGCAUCCUCGAAAUGUUUCCGAACUCUCUCUAUUGGUGAGGAUAUCCAGAGAAUGAUCCAAUCCUGCCUAGUUUCGCGACUUGGUGAACGACUUCAACAGAAGGCAGCUGAACGAACAGCAAACGUUUGGCCAGAUAAGCACCGUCACGUCCCUUGGGUAGUUAUCAACGGUAUAUCAUUGGAAAGCGAGCAAAUGAUUAUGGAUCAGCUGCAAUUCCUCAUAUGUGAAUGGUACACCGGAGACAAGAAGAUCCCAUAUUGCCAGUCGGAAGAGAAGAAAAAAUACAAGAAAUGGUCAUUGAACAUUUAG